AUGGCAGAGAUUGCCAAGCGUCUUGAAACUGCUGCGGAUGCUGAAAGAAGAAAGGGAACCGUAAAUGUGCCUAAGUUGCUUCAUGGCGAAAUGGAAUCAGACGUGGGAGGAAGGGUGGUAUAUUCAACUUGCAGCAUGAACCCUGUUGAAAACGAAGCGGUGAUUGCGAGUGUCAUUGACCGGUGUGGCGGCCCAAGCAAAGUCCACAUCAUGGAUUGCAGUAACGAGUUGUCUGCCAUGAAAAGGUCGCCAGGUCUGACGACCUGGACCGUUAUGGACAAAGAAGGGAGGAUAUGGGCCAACUGGAAGGACGUCGAAGAAGCGGUUUCGGAAGGUGAUGUUACCCUCAACAGAAUAGUGGAGGGCAUGUUUCCUCCUGCAGAAGAGGAAGGCAUCGAUUUAUCCCGAUGCAUGCGCGUGUAUCCCCAUCAGCAAGAUACUGGUGCAUUCUUCAUCGCCGUUCUAGAAAAGAAAAGCGACAUUAAAGCAAGACCAGAGGGUGCUAAAAAACCCACAUCAACUUCCGCACCUGAACCUACGACGGAAAAUCUAGCCGACCGAGAUGGUACCAAUGCUUCCGUUGAGCUGACUGGUGUAUCGGAUGAGGCAACUCCUGUAGAAUCACAUGUCGUGCCGGUCCCAGUCCCUGUUACUCAGAGCUUGGCUAAACGGGCAUUUGAAGUGUCAAGUGAAAAUCUUGCAAACAAACGACAAAAGGUGGAAGAGAGUCACCUUAAGGUUUCUUUAUCUCCUUCUGUUGAAGAAGUCCCUGAGCUACAAACCAAGCAAGAGGCACCAGUCUCACAACCGCAUGUAUAUGCUGAACAGAAACCUACUGUAUCGACAGCACCCGCUUUCUCCGCAAAACGCCGACCUGGCCAACCAGUGGAAGAGCCAUUCAAGUAUCUAGAUCCCAAGAGCGAAGAGUUUGAUCAGAUAUUCAGCUUUUAUGACAUAUCACCACAAUUCCCGAGAGAUCGUUUCAUGGUUCGGAAUUUCCAGGGUCGCCCAGCUAAGACGAUCUAUUAUACGAGCACCCUAGCUCGUGAUAUCCUUACUGCUAACGAAGGGGCUGGAAUAAAGUUUGUACAUGCCGGCGUCAAAAUGUUUGUUAAGCAAGAUGUGCAACGACAAGAUGUCUGCCCAUGGCGUAUCCAAACUGAUGGACUUGCGAUUCUUGAAUCCUGGGUUGGACCGCGCCGUGUUGUUAAAAUAUAUCAGAAGGAGACGUUGCGAAAGCUCCUUAUUGAAAUGUUUCCCAAAGUAAACGAUAAUGGGUGGAAGCAAUUAGGAGAAAUCGGUGAAUGGGCGAGGGAUAUUGACAUGGGAUGCUGUGUUCUAAGAAUCGAGCCCACAGACAAUGAAGAUGGCUUCCGGGAACGUAUGGUUCUCCCGCUAUGGAGAAGUAUGUACUCGCUGAACUUGAUGCUACCUAAAGAGGAACGGCGCGCGAUGUUACUGCGAUUAUACGAUGAUGAGACACCUUUGGUGAAUACGACAAACAAACGCAAAGAGGCGGCUGCUGCAAACCCCGAUCAAGUAUCCGAUGCGUCGGAUGCAGUUGCAAAUGGGCAAUAUGAGAACUCCGCUGAUGUGCCAACCCAAGAGGAUGAUACAGAAGCUCCUCUACCAGUAGAGGAAAACAAAAAGUUGACGAUGUGA